UUCCCUAGACAUGAAAGUGACCCUUAUAGAAAGCUAUUUGGCAUUGGCAUCGCUGGAACAGAAUAAAAUGUUCUUUUAGUUCAAGUGGUAGGAAAUUUACUUUGUUUCACACAAAAAAACAAGAUCCGAGGACGGCUUUCCCAAGAAGCUUCCCUUGUAAUAAACUAUUAAUUAUGCUAUGAGAUAAUUAUAUUUCAGGCCAGUUCUUGCUCAUCGCUGCUACAUUGUACUGAUAUACUCUUGCAUCCCCUCGCAUAAACAUUCGAUCUCCCCUGCCACUGUCCGGCCUUGGCCAUGGAAAAUGUCUGCACCACAAGCAUCACCGGUGUUGCGCGCUUGGUGCAUCUGCUCAAGAUCGAAGGCUUUAGCACGACGGUGACCAUGAAAAGUAAGGAGAGCAUCAGAUCCAGAUGGCACAUCUGUGGGUUCGACUGGGAAAUCCGUGUCUACCCUACAGCCGAGUUCAGUGGGUACCACUAUCCUGCAGUAGCACUGCAGCUCGUCUUCCUCGGUGGAUCCCGCGGGAGCUGCUCCAGGGCGAACUUAGGCUGUCAGGUGAUCGAUCCGACAGGAAAGAUUAUGCCGUCAGAAGAAAAUAGCGUGAUGAAAAGGUUCCACCGUCCCAAACAACACUCGGAUUUGCUCAAGCUCAUGUUUCGAGAAGGUCCAGGAGGACUAGCAGCAUCAGGGUAUCUCAAGGAUGAUACUCUGACGGUGCGAUGCACCAUCACGGUGGCCGAUGACAUACCAAUACCAACUAUCGCAGCUGCUACAGAAGAGAUCGUGCUGCCAUCCACCAACUUCCAUCAGCAGUUCGGUGAGCUCCUGCGGAGCGGAACUGGGGCGGACGUCACGUUUGUUGUGUCCGGUGAAUCCUUUCCUGCACACAAGCUCAUACUAUCUGCGAGGUCGCCGGUUUUCAUGGCGGAGUUCUUCGGACAGAUGAAGGAGAAGUGUUCGGAACAUGUGGAGGUCAAGGACAUGGACAGGGCAGUGUUCAAGGCCAUGCUUCACUUCAUCUACACCGACACCGUGCCUGAGCUUGAUCAACGGCUCGAGGAGGUGACCACAAUGGCUCAGCAUCUACUUGUAGCCGCCGACAGGUACGGGCUCGACAGGCUCAAGCGGAUCUGUGAAGGCAAGCUCUCCGGUGGGAUCUCCGUCGACACGGCAGCUACAACUUUGGCCUUAGCUGAGCAGCACAACUGUUCGCAGCUCAAGGCCAAGUGCGCGGAGUUCAUCGUAAGCACUCCUGCAGUUCUUGAUGCUGUCCUGGCAACGGAGGGGUAUAAGCACCUCGCAACAAGCUGCCCUUCGGUGCUAGCUGACCUACUCAAGUCAAGCCUGCGUGUGGGUGGAAGAACUGAUGCAUAAUUAGGUGCUACUUGAGGUACAAAGUAUGACGGUGCAUAUAAUCUGUGGUUUGUGCUUGUCAAUUGUCAUGUCUAGUUAACUUAUGUCCUGUCUUUCUAACAAACAGAAGUUCAGCUAGGUACGUCUGUAUAUGCUUG